CACGUCAGGUUAGGUUGUCACUUCUUCCAUCGGGUAAAUAACAAACCAGCAGCCACACUCAUUCUGAAGCCCUGUCAUCUGUGGAAGUCGCGACAAGUUUACCGACAGCAAACCUCAACAUAAAAACGACACCGGCAGAACAGGAGGCGCGGGCGACUUCCCUUCAGGGUUUCUGACAUGCUGCGGACGCCCACUCGAGUCUUCCCCGCUUCUGACUUUGUUAGCCCACCUGCACCUAGACGGGUAUCUGGUCUGGUAGAGGAGGAGAAGGAGGAGGAGGAGGAGGAACCGCUGUGGCUGCUAACUAGCCGCUAAAGUGAAGCAAAGGCUACUCUGGGAGGACCGUCGCUUUGGAUAUAUAUUCCCGAGAGUGAGUCAUUGCCACCCGCAGACGUGUUUGUCGACGACGGUGCUCAUUUGUUGUGCUUCUCCCUCUAUUUUUUUUUAUUAUUAUUUUUUUUUUCAUUGUUGCUGAGUCCAUGCAUGCUAACAACGGCUGCAGCCAGCUAGCGUGAUGUGUCACGGUAGCUAACGCGAACACAUUUUAUUUUUUUAUUUUUGUUUGUUUUGUUUUUUUUUUGUUGUUGUUGUUGUUCUACGCGAGUGGAUGCUACGAGAUUUGGGACGCCGACGUGGUGGAAUCAUAUCGCCACGAUGCCUGGAUGUUAACUUUAAUGUCGUUCACACGACGGCGAGUAGUCCCUCCAGAAGAACCGGACGCGGAGCAUGCAGGAGAAGAAAAGGGUUCAGAUAAGUAGAUAGGAGACUUUGGACGCGAGCGACUACACUUCAAACUGUGUGUGUGUGUGUGGGUUAAUUCACCACCGAUUAGGGAUUGCAUUUUUUGGUUGGUGUGACAGAGAAAAGACAAAGUUAAAAGAUGAAGAAGUUUUCCAGGAUGCCCAAGUCCGAGAGCGGUGGGCUCGGAGGGGUGUCCGGGUCCAGCUCUGGAGUCAGCAGCUACUUGGGGAAAGUGUUUGCAGUGGGCCGAUAUCAAGUCACCGUGGAGGAGCUAAUAGCAGAGGGAGGCUUCUCGGUGGUGUUCCUGGCUCGUACGCACAGCGGCGUCCGCUGUGCCCUCAAAAGGAUGUAUGUCAACAACGUCCCAGACCUGAAUGUCUACAAGAGAGAGAUCACUAUCAUGAAAGAGCUGUCGGGCCAUAAGAACAUUGUUGGAUACCUGGACUCCACAAUCAAUGCAGUAUCAGAUAGUGUAUGGGAGGUCCUUAUCCUCAUGGAGUACUGUAAAGCUGGUCAGGUGGUGAAGCAGAUGAACCAGCGGUUAAACGUGGGCUUCAGCGAGGCCGAGGUCCUCCACAUUUUCUGCGACACCUGCGAGGCUGUGGCCCGCCUGCACCAAUGCAAGACCCCCGUCAUCCACAGAGACCUUAAGGUUGAAAACAUCCUACUGAACGACCAGGGAAAUUACGUGCUGUGCGACUUCGGCAGUGCCACUCACAAAGUUUUGCUGCCACAUAAAGACGGAGUGACGGCUGUGGAGGACGAGAUUAAGAAGUACACAACUCUUUCAUACCGGGCUCCGGAGAUGAUUAAUCUGUAUGCAGGAAAAGCCAUCACCACUAAGGCUGAUAUAUGGGCACUUGGAUGCUUGUUGUACAAGCUAUGUUUCUUCGCACUUCCAUUUGGGGAGAGUCAAGUUGCCAUAUGUGACGGAACCUUGACUGUUCCAGAUAACUCAAAAUUCUCCUUCAAGUUGCACUGCUUAAUCAGAUAUAUGCUUGAACCGGACCAGGAGAAGAGACCAGACAUUUACCAAGUGUCCUACUUUGCCUUCAAAUUGGCUGGAAAAGACUGUCCAGUGCCUAAUCUCUUUAACUCUCCGAUCCCUACGUCGCUGCCAGAGCCUCAAACAGCCAGUGAGGCUGCUGCUAAGAAGAGCAUGACAAAAGCCAGGAUAACAGACUCCGUGGGCCCAACAGAAACGUCGAUAGCUCCCAGACAGAGGCCAAAAGCUGCAAACAGUAACGUCCUGCCUCUUGCCAACACUGUCACCCCUGUUAAAAUGACCAUGCCUUCAGCACCCGUCAGCAAUGGACAGAAAGCCACCACUCCUGGCUCAGGGCAGGCCGCCAUGCAGCCCCAGCCACAGCCACAGCCACAGCCACAGCCCAGUCAGCAGCACAGAGUCCUGCAGCAGCUACAGCCCGGUGACCUGCGUCUACAGCAGCUGCAACAUCAUCACCAACAACAACAACAACAACAAGCAGUGCAACAACAGCAACUCCAAUACCUCCAGUACCAACAGGCUGUGCAGCAGUCCCUGCAGCUCCAGCAGCAGCAGCAGGCCAUGCUCCAGCACCAACAUCAGCAGAUGAUGAUGCAGCCGAUGUAUCAGCAGCAGGUUGCUCAGGCCCAGGCCCAAGCUCAUGCUCAAGCUCAAGCCCAAGCUCAUGCUCAAGCUCAAGCUCAAGCUCAAGCUCAGUAUGCAGCCAUGCUGCACCAAUACCACCAGGCUUUUGGCCAACAACAGCAGCAGCAACAACAACAACAGCAGCAGCAGCAACAGCAUCAGCAACAUCAACAACAUCAUCCCGCUCAGCAGCCUCUUCCCUACAUGUCUUCCCCUCUUGAGUUCCAGACUCCUCUGGGUUCUUACAAUGCCACCACACCGACUGCCGGAGCCGGAGCUGGCCAGAUGGGGGGGCCCUCCCCUGUAGAUCCCUCAUACACUAACCCUAGUAGAAACCCUCUGCUCGAUGGCAUCGGCCUGCCCUCUCAGAGCUGCAGCAGCACAGUCAGUAACCCCCCUGACAUGUCGCGCUGGAAUCCUUUUGGAGAGGACAACUUUUCUAAACUGACCGAGGAGGAGCUCCUCGACCGGGAGUUUGACAUGCUCAGAGCAAAAAAGCCAGUGGAGAGAACAGCGAGCGUGGAAACGGACCGAGCGCUGCCCGCUGCCUCCUCCUCUAAGCCCCUCCCACCGGAGGAUCUGUUCGGCUCGGUGCCGUUUGUGGCCAACGCAGGUGCCAGUGUUGUAAAGACGGAACAGACCACUGAGGAAGCGAGCGUCCCUAGCCCCGUCUCGGCGUCCACGGAGGCCCUGCAGCUGUCCACGGCCAAGGAGCACAAACCGGGCAAGAAGAGCCACUGCAGGCCGGGCGACGAGUCCGACAGCGACUUCGAGUCGGACCCUUCUUCGCCGAAAAGCAGCGAGGAUGAAGAGCCGGAGGAGGAGGAAGCCUUGAACAGCGAGCACGGCGAAGACACCGAGCCCGAGAACUUAGGACAGAGGCCUCUGUUGAUGGACUCCGAGGAAGAGGGCGAGGAGGACGAAGACAAACGAAGCUCCGAUUCGGACUUCGGCCCCAGCAGAGUGAAGAGCCGCCCCAAGAAAGCUGCAGGUUGCAAAGGCCCCAGGAGUCCUCAGAGGGGAUCUGGCAAUCUGACCACCCCUCCCGAGUUGCCCGGUGCAGAAAGAGCCGUGGACGUUUUCGGCGCCGUUCCCUUCUUCAGAGAAGCUUCGCCCGUCGGGCCUUCGGAGACCACCGACAUCUUUGCCAAAGCGCCUUUCAGGCAAGUCAGCCACGAGCAGCAAGCUCUGGACGAAUUUGAUGUUUUCACCAAAGCGCCGUUCAACCGGAACCUCUCGAAGUCGGGCAAGAGCGGGAGCGACAUCCCCAUGGGCCAGAUGUCGCCAGUAUCCCCAGAUGGCAUCGACGUGUUUGGGUUCUCUCCCUUCCAGCCGGGCCCAGACGCGCCGCCCCCCACCACCUCGAGAAGCGCCGAAGACAUCUUCCGCACGCCUUUCGAGGGCUCGACGAGCCCUCAGCAGCAGAGGCUGAAGCAGCGCAGCCUUCAGAAGCUCUCGUCGCGCCAGAGGAAGACGAAGCAGGAGGCCACGCCCGGGAGCGGCAACGGGAAGCGGCACCACGGCACGCCGACCGGCGGGCGCAAGGGCAACAAGCCGACGUACCGCACGCCCGAACGCGUCCGCAGGCACAAGAAGGGCGGCCGCAGAGACUCGCAGAGCAGCAACGAGUUCCUCAGCACCUCUGACUCGAAGGAGAACAUCAGCGUUGAUAUAACCAUGGCCGAAGGCAAAGACAAGGCGGCGUCUUUGCCGGUAGACGAUGCCCUUUUAGACCCGUUCGGGGCCAAACCCUUCCACCCUCCGGACAACGCCCGGCACGGCCAGUAUCAAGGCCUCGGCGACGGUAAGGCCGACAUGAGCGCUGCCAAUGGAAAGUCCUGGCCGGUUUCGGUUCACGGCGCCCUCGGAGAAAGCAAAAUUAUGGAUGAUUUCGGGGCAGUGCCCUUCACAGAACUGGUCAUCCACAGUGGACCUCAGCAGCAUCCGCAACAGCAGCAGCAGCAGCAGCAGCAGCAGCAGCCGCCGCCCUCCUCCGCCUCACAGCCCGGGGACCUCGACCCUUUCGGAGCCGCACCUUUUCCCUCGAAGCAGUAAACUCUUCUUGCGUCUUCCCGCUUGAAUAACCCCUGAGCUUUUAUGAGGUUUGGGAUCAUUUUUAACCAGGCACAGUGCCCCUCCGAGUAACACUUCUUUUUUUUUUUUUUUUAAGAACAUUUUUAAUACGUCUCUAACUUUAAAUGACACCUAAACCCUGUGGAGUGAGUGGUGUUUCCACAUAUCUUUCAGCUGUAGCCAUUUGCUGACGAGCCUUUCAUGCUGCAACUAAAUGCUCAUAAAAAAAAAACAUUCGGCCGAGAGAAACUGAAAACCCCUCUAAAGAAAAACAAAAACUGUGAUUAUUAGCGUAAUAUUUGACCGCUUGACUUCUCAAUGGCCUGCCUUCUGUCCUUACCGACAUGUUAUUAAAGCACCACGAAGCCUUAUACCUGAGCUUGGCUCCGCCUCGCUUCACAGUACCUCGGAAACCUCGACGCAGUCAGCCUGCGCUGGCCUUUCUUUGCAUCGUUUUGAGAUCAUUUGGGAGACCUUAACCACUUUGUUUUAUCUUUACUAGACCUUUUUUUUUUUUUUUUUCUUCUCUGUAUGCACAAUUUCACCAGUAGUCUUUUACGCAGCCAACUGUGGAAGUGUUCUGUGUUACUCUGUGUUAUUUACACUUACGAGGGAUUUUACUGUGCUCCUUAAAACGUUGGAGCUGUUCGUUGGGUCCGGUUUAAGUUUUUAGGCUCUUAACUUUGUUCUUUAUUUUAUGAGCUGUAAGUACUGUUAAGUUUCUUUCUUUUCUUUCUUUUUUUUUUUAAUGAAGUUAAAAGUCAACACGUUAGAAAUAAGGAAAAGAAAAAAAAACACAAGGACGCGUUAGAUCUCUAGUCUAGACCUACAGAUACAAGCUUAUAGUCUAUUCAGUGAUCUGGACCAUAGGUUUUAUGUCCUCUCCAGAAUCCUCUGUCUGACUUUACCAUCAGUUACAAUAUAAGGUGGCAUCAUAUUUAUAUUGUAAACAAAUCCCAUGAAAAGACCAAUUAGUUUCUGACUGAAUCCAGUUUGCGUACUCAACCCCACAUCCUCUGUCUCCCACUUAGGAUCUUUAAACGUACAGAUAGGUAUGUCUUUAAGUAGUGAAACCUCAUAUUUGAUCCAAUCCAGCCUCAUUCAUGUCUGAUGUUUCACUCCAUACAGGGCACACGUGUGCAGAAAGAACCGAGUUAUUCUGAGCAGAGAGAAAUGAAUCAGUGCUGCAAGUGAUGACGGUGCUUCAGGAAGUUAAUAGUUUGGUGAACAGCUCCUGCCAGAUGGAUUCAGUUACCAUCAGAGGCUCUUAGACCCUCUGGUGGGCUUGUUUUGGUGCGUGGGCCAUCAGUCUUCUCAAAGUUUGCAAGAAGAAGAGAAAUGACGUUUUCCCCCCACAAAAAAUGUCAAACCCUUCAUUUUAAAAUAGGCUCCAGAAACAUAGUUUAAUCUUUAAAAAGUGAACAGUGCCAUUCUUCCUGUUGUGUCAGUAUCAGCUUUGGUCUUUUUUUUGGAAUUUGUUAACAACAAUGUAUGUUAUAAAAAGAAAAAAAAAUCAUCCUUUAUUCUUCAACACAGGCAUUUCCACUGCAGCGUGAGGUGAACUCAUAAAGUACGUUCAUAAAGGGAAAAACGUUUCAAACGAACACUUGAAAAUCUACGAUGUGAAUUCAGCUCAUUCGUCUUCAUGAACACACUUCAGCGCUGAAUUCUUCCUCCAACUCGUUGCUGUUCCACAUCGGCGGCCUUAAGCACUGCAUUAGUUAGUAGCUCCACAGCCACUGGUACAUUCGCUCGACUUAAAAGCCAGUGGAAACCACUUUCCUUCUUUUUUUUUUUUUGUUUUUUUAAUCACCAGGGUAAAUCUUAUCUUGUAUUUAUCUGCUCUAUAACGCUGUUUGACACAAUAAAAAAACAAAAACACGUUUCAUCUCA